UCUUCUUCUUCCCUGCCUCUUACCUCAUCAAAUCCUCUGCUCCAUUUCUCUAUCCCCCCCCACCCCAUGAUUCUCCCCUUCUUCAAAUUUAUACAAACAAUCCCAUUUUAAUGGAACUCAAUCACCUUAAUCAACAUCCAAUUUCCACUCCUUACAUUCCUACCAUUCUCAAGCAUUCCAAAAUCAAACAACCCAUCAAUCCUAUUUCUUCUUCUUCUUCUUCUUCUUCUUCUUCUUCUUCUUCCUACUCCUCUUCAUCUUCUUCCUCUUCCUCUAAAAUGGCUGACCAAAUACCCAAAUCUCAACCAACUCAACCCCACAAGAAACAAGUUCGAAGAAGACUUCAUACCAGUCGACCCUAUCAAGAACGCUUGUUGAAUAUGGCGGAAGCCAGAAGGGAGAUUGUCACUGCGCUUAAGUAUCACCGGGCCGCCAUGAAAAAGGCUGCUGCCGCCGCCGCCAAUUCCACUGGCACCUCUCCGCAGUCGCCGGUGGAGGAGUCAUCCCCUGUCAGAUCCCAAGAAGGGAAGAUCAAACCCAGGAAAAUCCCUAAAUCCUCAACUACUGCAGAGAGAAACAGAGAAACACCACAGAGUAACUUCAAAUGUUAUAAUAAUAACAAUUUGAAGAAUUUGUGUUACGAUCCAUCGAUGAUGAUGAUGAUGAAUUGUUCGUUACCUAGUUGGUCGUCGGUGGAAGGAAAUAAUAACAUCGUGGACAUUGUAUUACCAGAGCAAACUCUUGGGUUGAAUCUAAACUUGCAGGAUUUCAAGAAUUUGGAUGCGAAUCUGUUUUCAAACAGUAGCGUGUCGGUUUCGGGUUCGACAUCGACAUCGAUAGGAAGGGAUCAGGAACAGGAAAGAGGGGGCGGAGGAGGGGGGAUGCACGUGGCAGUGGGGGAGGAGGAGAUGGCGGAGAUGAGAACGAUAGGGGAGAAACAUGAGAUGGAAUGGAGUGAUAAGAUGAGUAUGGUGAAAUCGGCAUGGUGGUUGAGGUUUAUGAAGAUGGGGAAAAAGCAAGAGGAAGAAGAUCAGGAAGAUCAAUCAGAAGGGUUUGGAUAUGGAUAUGGAGAUCCGUUUGAUCAGAUAUUGGAGUUUCCAGAUUGGAUGAACAAUGGAAAUGAGAAUUGUUUUGAAGAAGAGCAAUUAAUGUUGAAUGAUUAUUCCCAGUUCUUCCAUCACGAUCAUCCUUCUGCUCUUCCUUGUAUGGACAUUGGAGAGUUUGAAGGCAUGGAUGGGGAGUGGUUAGCUUGAAAAAAGAUUUGAUUGUUUUUUACUAAUCAAAUCUACACAAACUUUUUUUUUUUUUUAAUUUUUUAUUUUUUUAAUAUAUAUAUUAUAUUAUAUAUGUUAUAUAUAUUUCAAUUUUGGUAGUUUUAGAGUCCAAAGUUAUAGUAAUAAAAGAUGUUAAAAACAGUUGCUUUAUAAAGUAGGUAAGCAAUGGAGUUCAAAUUCAAUAAGGGAGAAACAACUUUUGUUUUUCCCUUUUUCUAAAUCUUCCUUUCUUGUUUUUACAUUCAAAUCUUAUUUCUUUGUAGUUACCUGUCUCUCUGCUAUCCUCUCAAUAAAAUCACAUCCUUAGCUUAUCAAAAUAUAGUCGAAUAGGUAAUCAAAAUAUAGUCGAAUAGGUAAGACAUAUGUUCGAUCUAGAUAUUGUACAGUAAAAAGAUAUAAUAAGUAAGAUGUAUGUCCAAUCUAGACAUCAUAUUCAAAGAGUUUGAAGACCCGGAGUAAAAUGAUUAUAAACAAAAUAACAAUCGAUUUAAGCAAACAAUAUUUGUGAAUAUUAUAAUCCCAAAAUAUAUCUUACAGUAGAGGCUAAUUUGGACCUUUAAUUUUAUCACAUAGUAUAAAACCUUGAUUAUAACUUUUUUGAUUAAUUAAUUAAUUAAUAAAAGACAGAAUAAUAAUUGAAACAUUUCUUAUAAUUAAUUAAAAAGUAUUAGCCAUAUAUAUCUUGAGAAAUCUCAUCAGUAUAGCUAAUGCUGAAGGUGGAAACACAUUGACGCUUGUAAAAACGUGUAGUGUCCUUCAUGACUUGAAUUUCAUUUGAGAUUUGUUGAAGCAUUUUGUGAACGGUUGGAAGUUUGAAGCCAUCAUCCGCCAGUUUUGCGAGCCAUUUGCACCGUAACUCACCGGUUCGAAGGUUCGAUACACUCUCAAGAUAUCCCACAAACGCCAUGUUUGGUAUCAGUGGAUGAAUCACUCCUCUGUUUCAUAAAUGGAGCAAAUAAUAAUAAUAGAAACCAAAUAAAAAGGAAAGUGAUCAGAAAGAGGAAUGGUAAAUUAAUUUUGUACCUAUACAAAGGGAUGAUAUCAGAAGAAUCAACCAAAAGGGUAUUAAAAGGAUGAGGCAACAAAGAUCGAAGCUUUAGCUUGCCUUGAAAACCAGUGUUGAGAAUCACAACAUCAGCUUCUAAUUUAGUACUGUUGUCAUCUUCUUCGUCAAAUUCAACUCCACCACUCCAAAACCACCAUUUUCUUGUCUUCUUAAACGCAAUCUUCCCUUUAUCUGCUUCCUCAAAGAAACUAUUUGGCAUAAUAGCCAUUUGACAAGA